AUGCUGGACCCUGAAGACUCUGGUGUCCUCGUCUCUGCGCUGUCGUUUAUUAUUAAUUCUCCAAAUUUCCAGAAGUUAUUGGAGAAACUCGAUACUAAAGAACAACGUCAGGAGAUGGUCCAGUUCGCUCAUGACAACUACGUCUACAAAGUGAGAUUCCAGGAAACCGUCAGAAACAAGACGGACCCAGAUAUUAUGUCCACGUUGACUACUUUGGUUCAAUACGUCAACGGUAUUCCCAAAAUUAAACCUGAAGAACGCGCCAAGAUGGCUCUAGGGUAUGCUGAAGCUCAACAGGAAUUGGAACACCGCAAACAGAUGGUUAAAGAUACCCUCACGGCGAUGCUGGCCACCAACGAUAGCACUGAACGCCGAUGCCUUGGUAAAGACGCCAUCAGAAAGGUUGCUGCCCUGGACGAAGCUAUCAUUACUCGGGUCCGGGAAAUAUGCCAUGACAUUUAUGGCCUCCAUAUAAGCCACAAGGAAUUUAUCGAUCAGAAGUUGGACGAGUUAUCCCGGGGGCACAUGUCGUUUAUCAGAGCCGAAUCGGAAAAGUACAAGGAGUUCAUCCGUGACCGUAUCGCUGACUCACGCAUCCCUAAGCGGUAUUUCUAUGAAGCUAUCCUCGUCUCGGGAGAGGUGGCCGUCGAAGCUGAUCCUGAAAACAUAUCGUUAAUCACCCAAUGCCCCAUCUCAUAA